AUGGCAAACAACGAUGAUGUGUGGAGCGGCUGGAGAGGACAUCGCUGGGACGGCUGGGACGGCUGGGACCGCUCCGAUGGCUGGGAGGGAUCCCAGUGGAGUUGGCCCAGCUCUAACCAGCAGAGCUCGCCGCCAGAGGCCGCCGUGGAGCCUCCGUCAGAACCGGUGAGGCCGUGGUGGAUGGAUUUGCCAGUUCCAGGGAUUCCAAGUCCCCGGGGCCGGCCAAGGAGGUGGGGCAGUGAGCAGCGAGGAUACGAUGAGAGUCACUCCCAGGUCUCCCAGGAAAUAGCUGAGCCGACUUCCGCUGCUGCGCGGUGGUUGGCUUCGGCUCCAACACCCGCGCCAUCACCUGCUCCAACACCUCCAGCAAAAAUUGUGGUCCUGGGAAUGCCCAAAUGUGGCACAACAUCCCUGCACGAGUCCUUCAAGAGAGCUGGCUUCAGGUCCGUGCACUGGGCUUUGGAUGCUGGGCAGGAAGUCAAGAAGGACACACGGCUGCGGCUCUAUGGGGAAGGGGCUGAUGAGCGCCUGUUGGGACGUUUGAUCACCAAAGCGGUUCAGCGGGGCUUGCCACCCUUUGCUUUGCUCCCGGGGGAGGUGGAUGCCCUUGCCGAAAUGAACGGGUGCCACUGGACGAGCAAACAGAAGGAUGCGGUUCAAGCCUAUUUUCCCCAGAUGCAGUACUUGCGGGAAAUCUGCAAUGCAUAUCCAGAUGCGCAUUUCAUCCUCAACUCUCGCAACCUGCAGGCCCAUUUAUAA